AUGAGUACAGGUGACUCACUUCUUCCUGAAAAUCUUGGAAUGAAAGAUCAAGUUCUUGCACUGAAUUGGAUAACACAAAACAUUAAGGCAUCUGGUGGUAAUCCAGAUGAAGUUACUAUUGUUGGUCAAAGUUCAGGAGGAUCUGCAGUACAUUACCACUUGCUGUCACCAUUAUCAAAAGAUUUAAAGUCUUUGCCCCUUCACCAUGUGUCAAAAUUAGUAACAGAAAGUAAUAACAAAUCUUUUUAUAAAAUUUCAAAAACAAAUAAAGGCAGUAAAUCCCACUGCAGUAUGAUAAUGAGGGAUGUAAAAUCAAAUGGAAGCCAAACAUUUGUGUGUAUGUGUGUCUUUUCAAGUGAGCUACAGCACAGAGUGGAUGUGCACUUAUUGCAUGGGCAUUUACUACAAAUGCUACUGAUAGAACAUUCCAUUAUGCUUCAUACUUGGGAUUUAUUGGAGAGACCACUUCAGAACUUAUGGAGUUUUUGA